AUGCUUGCCUUGAGAUAUUUUGUGAUGUUCAUGCUAGCUACUGCAACGUAUGCCAUGUCACGACAAACCCUCAAUAGAUUAAUGAUCAACUAUAUUCAAUCAAUAACGCGAAAGAGCAACAUUUCAGGACCCUCUAAAAGAUCGUACUGGCCGUCGCAAUAUACACAAAAGGAGCCCCUCACGCACGUACAACACACUAUCGAGUAAGCGGUUGUGCUGCGCUACAACUAACGAUACCGCGACAUUUUUCCAAAACCGAAUGAGCGUGAUCAUUGAUGGAAAAGUCUAUAUUGUUAGAGGCUUUUGAAACGAUUCUUGUAAAUAAAUGAGUAAUAGCA